CAAUGCUUCUUAAGCAGCUGCCCUCCCUUUUCAGAUCGGCGGCAAACGAACCCGAAUCCUAAGCCGAUCUUCAAUUUAACGGAGGGUGGGAUCUGAGCAUGUCGAAGUCUCUACCGUAUUCAGUGAAAGAUGUUCAUUACGACAAUGCCAAGUUCAGACAUCGAUCUCCUUUAAAGGUUCUGUCUCAAAGCUUGCUUACUCUUAACACAAAACGUGACUACGCAAGCUGCAGCACGGGGAAGUUCCUUAUAUUGAUACUGAUCUUUGGAAUAGCAUGUCUAAUGCUGAUGGGUACUAAUGACUCUCCUCUCAAUGAAAAAGGAAAGGUCACUUUCGUUGGGGGUCUUAGACUAGGCAGACUUUUGAGAAAGCCGCCUAGGCUCCCACCUCGGUUAUCACCUGACGAAGGACAGUUAAAAGGUAACACCACUAAUAGCCCAAAAUGGGCAGCCAGACAGCAAAGUGUAAAGGAAGCUUUCGACUACGCAUGGUCUGGCUACAGAAAGUAUGCAAUGGGCUACGACGAGCUUAUGCCUAUUAGCCAGAGAGGCGUGGAUGGGUUAGGAGGUUUGGGCGCCACUGUGGUCGACGCUCUCGACACAGCCAUGAUAAUGGGCCAUGGUAACAUCGUUUCCGAGGCAGGGUCAUGGGUAGAGGCUCAUCUCUUGGAGAGGAUCAGCCAAAAGGGUCAAGUUAAUUUGUUUGAGACUACAAUACGUGUGUUAGGUGGGCUUCUAAGUGCAUACCAUCUGAGUGGUGGAGACCACGGACCAAAACCAGAUGUCUAUCUAAACGUUGCCAAAGAUUUGGCUGACCGUUUGCUUUCGGCUUUUAACUCCAGCCCUACUGCAGUUCCUUAUAGUGACGUCAUACUGCGUGAGUCAACGGCUCAUCCAGCUCCAGGGGGGAUGAGCAGCACUGCAGAAGUCGCCUCUGUGCAGCUUGAGUUUAACUACCUCAGUGCUGUUUCUGGUGAUCCGAAGUACAGUGCAGAGGCUAUGAAGGUCUUGGCUCAUAUAAAGACUCUUCCUAAGACAGAAGGUCUUGUUCCAAUCUACAUCAGCCCUCACUCAGGUGAGUUUGUUGGUGAGAACAUAAGAUUGGGAUCUCGUGGGGAUAGCUACUAUGAGUAUUUGAUCAAAGUGUGGCUUCAGCAAGGAGGAAAAUUGAACGGUAACUUCACAUAUCUGCAUGAUAUGUACACCGAGGCGAUGAAAGGAGUGAGGCACUUGCUUGUGCGCAAAUCAAUUCCAAAGGGUCUUGUCUUUGUAGGGGAGUUGCCUUACGGGUCUAAGGGAGAGUUCAGUCCCAAAAUGGAUCAUCUGGUUUGCUUUUUGCCUGGUACUCUUGCUCUUGGUGCUACCAAGGGACUCACAAAAGAGAAAGCCCUUGCGGAGAAUCUUUUAUCCUUUGAGGAUCUUGAAAACUUGAAACUUGCGGAAGAUUUAGCGAAAGCAUGCUUUGAGAUGUAUGAAGUAACAGCCACUGGCCUUGCUCCAGAGAUUGCUUACUUCCACACAGAGGAAUACUCUGAGGAUGGUCUUGAAGGAGGGAACAAGAGUUCAGCUUAUGCAAAAGACAUAAUCAUAAAGCAUGCUGAUCGGCAUAAUCUACUCCGCCCUGAGACUGUUGAAUCACUCUUUGUUCUCUACCGUAUCACAAAAGAUACAAAAUACAGAGAACAAGGAUGGCAGAUCUUUGAAGCGUUUGAAAAGCACACAAAGGUGAAAUCAGGUGGAUACACAUCGUUAGAUGAUGUAACGGAAGUGCCUCCUCAUAGGAGAGAUAAGAUGGAGACGUUUUUCCUCGGUGAGACGUUGAAGUACUUGUACUUGCUCUUUGGAGAUGACUCGGUGAUACCGUUGGAUAAGUUUGUUUUCAACACUGAAGCUCAUCCGUUGCCUAUAAGAAACAUCUGAAGGGUUUCCUUUUUGAAGACUGUUCCAGAAAAUACACACACAGAUACUUGGAGGAAAGUGAUGUAUAGUAUAACAGUAUUAAUUGGAGAAGAGGUUAGUUCGUUGAGAAUUGUAAGAUAAGUUUCAGCAUCCAAGUUAUAGUUUAACUCAUAAAAUGGUUUUGAAGUAAUGAAUUGUAGAUCCUUGUUUCUUUGUAAUAGUAUGUUUCUUGCGAAUAAUACUCUUUUUUCCUCUGAUCUUUCUUGUAAUCAGACACCAUGGAGCUGAAUUAUGUUUUUAUUCUGCUUAUAUACAUUUUACAAGUGAUUAACUUU